UUGAUUGGCACUCCAGACCGACCACCCAAAUUAGCACUCUCCUUGGACAGUUCUAGAGACGGAGAGAGAGAGAGAGAGAGAGAGAGAGGGGGGAGCGAGAAUGGGGGUGACGAGGGAAGAGGUUGAAUCUUCACUGACUUCGAAGCUGAAUCCUUCUCAUCUCAAAGUAGUUGAUACAUCGGGAGGGUGUGGCGCAAGCUUUGAAAUUGAGAUUGUAUCGGAACAUUUUGAAGGAAAAAGGUUGCUGGAGAGGCAUCGUUUGGUGAACACUGCAUUGACAGAGGAAAUGAAAGACAUCCAUGCGCUCUCAAUAAAGAAAGCUCUGACCCCAGAGCAGUGGAAAAAGCAGCAAGAGUCCGAGAAUUCUCAAUCGGCUGCUUGAACGUACUUCUGCUAGUUCUAUAUUCCAGAUAAAAGAUCUUAUGCGCUCUAUUAGCAUCAUAGUUUGUGUGGAAAAAUGUUUUUGACAUAAAUAUUUUGACAUUAAGAUCAUGACAUAAAUAUUUUGACAUUAAGAUCAUAAAUUAUUAUCCUUUUCUCGGUC